AUGAGGUGGCUGCUGAUUGUAUUGUUAGGAGUGUGGUGUUGUGUUAUCAGUUCUGGGUCUGAACACUUUUUUACCCCUCAGCAGUUAAAAAAUUUAGAUGAAAAGAUCAUAAGCUUUUUAAACAAGCCGACAAACGCGAGUGAUUGGGAAACUUUAGUUAAAGAUAUGGAAAAUCUCGUUGAACAGAUAAAAGUUUACAGGAGACUCAUGAGGGACAAGAAUGACCAAGAGAUAGUGCGCAAAUCUUACGAAAUAUACCAGACGGGGAAACCGAAAUUUAUAUAUCACACCAUGAGCGAACCGGAGAUCAGGGAUGCAGCUCAGGUUACCAAAGAGGACAUGGAACACUUUCACAUCCUUCGUGACAAGAUUGACAAUCUAUGGGACGAGUUUUUAGAUAUUAUCAGUGAAAAGACUGGUGAGAUCUUGGUUUAUGAGAAGCCUCCAGGGUUUGAAAAUUACGAUAAUGGCUAUGGGGGUGGCUAUGGGGAUGAUGAUACCCCUGGUCAUGGGAGAGGAUGGGGAUGGCAAGGUGGGAGGGGAGGAGAGUAUGGCCGAGGUAGAGGCAGGGGGAGAGGAAGAAGAAGAGGUGGAGGGGGCUACGGAAAUGACUUUGGAUCACGGUACCGGUAG